AUGAUACCAUUGAAUGCGGUCAACGACUGUUUGCCACCACCGACGUCUUCUCGUAGCGACAUGCAAUGUCCUUUCCAGCAGUCAUACACUACUCUAUCCUGGCUCUCUAGAUUUUGUCGUUCUGAUGAACCCUUCUCACUCGCUCUUUGCCAGCAUCCCACAAUCCGGCAUACUACUCACCUUGAGGGCUCCAAGGUCAGACUGCCUGCAUUACCAACGGAGAUGUCGCCGGGGCUGGGAUUGAGAGGCGUCACAGGUAUGUUGGAGGAAUCUGUCAAGGGCGAUCAUACAUGGUUUCAACAGUCACAAUUUUGA